AUGUGUGCAGAAACAUUGAAAGAAAGGAAAAAUAUGAAGACAAGUGAGUUUAAUGAGGCGCUUUACAAAUGGUUUCGCCAAGCAAAAGAGAAGGGCACGCCAAUUAGUGGGCCAAUCUUGCAAGAGAAGGCUUUGAAAUUUCACGAAGUAUUAAAAAAUGGCAACGAUCCUAAAUUUGUCACAAGCACUGGCUGGCUUGAUCGCUGGGAGAAACAAUAUGGAGUGCGACAUCUUAGUAUUUGUGGGGAAAAACUAUUUGGGGGCAGGAAGAGUAUGUCUCAGUUUAAGGUAAACUUUCAGAAAUUUAUCAAAGUUGAAAGCUUGACUGUAGAGCAGUUGCAUAAUUGUGGUGAAACAGGCUUAAAUUAUAAACUACUGCCAACAAAAAGUCUUCCUUUCAAGGAAGAACAGUCAGCCCCUGGUUUUUUAAAGGAGCAAGGAAAGGGUAACAAUCCUUGCAGUAAUGCAACAUGUGACCACAAAUUAAAAUUUAGUGUCACAGGAAAAUUAAAGAAACCACGUGUGUCUAAGCACAUUGAAAUGGAUAAACAUUCUGUUUGUUAUCUAAACCCAAAGUUCCUGGAUGAGUUGUGCAGUAUUAAAAAUAUGGUUCCAUGA